AUCAAAUAAGUUAGCAUUUGCUGAUUUAGUUUUUGACUCUGCUUGUACAAUGGGGACUUUGUUUGAGUGCAUUUCAUUAUUUGUAGCCAUUCUCUUCAUCAUAUUCUACAAUAUAUGGAAACGCAACAAAAAUGUUCUUAUACCAAACUGGCCAAUCAUUGGCAUGCUACCAUCCGUUUUCCAUAAUCUAUCCAAUAUUCACGAUUUCGCAACAUUAAUUGUGAAACAUCAUGGAGGCACUUUUCAUUUUAAAGGACCAUGGCUCACAAACAUGGCCAGCAUUAUUUUCACUAGUGAUCCCAUGAAUGUGCAGCACAUCACCUGUAAGAAUUUCAGCAACUAUGGGAAAGGAUCUGAUUUCCAUGAAAUAUUUGAAAUUCUUGGUGUUGGUAUUUUUAAUUUGGAUUCCAAUGAAUGGAAACAAGAAAGAACACUACUUCAUUCAUUGCUCAAAAGGAAAAACUUUGAGAUCAUCCUUAUACAAAGCAUUCAAAAGAAGCUAGAAAAUAGCCUAUUACCAUUUCUUGAUCAUGCAUAUAAAAGUGUACAAGUACUUGAUUUACAAGAUAUUCUUGAAAGGUUCACCUUUGACAUCACCUCUACCUUUUUAUUUGGAUUGGAUCCUAAUUGUCUUGAUCCUUACAAAAUCAAUGAAUUAUCAGGUAUCGCUUGUUUAAAAGCUGUGUCUGAGAUUGAGGAAAUGGUAUUGUCCAGACACUAUAUUCCAAAAUGUAUUUGGAAGCUACAAAGAUGGCUACAGAUUGGUCCAGAGAAGAAAGGCAAGGUAGCUUACGAAAAUAUUUACGAGUUCUUGCACAAAUGUAUAACUUAUAUCAAAGUUAAUGAAGGUCUGGAUGAAUCUCAUUCUUGCUUUGUAAAAGAAUUAAUGAGGGAAGGAUUGGGAAAGGGGGAAAAGACUGAGAAGUAUAUUACAGACACUGCAGUCAAUCUCUUAUUUGCAGGAAAUGGAACAAUUAGUUCAUGUCUCAGUUGGUUCUUUUGGCUUGUUUCAACUCAUCCUAUUGUGGAAGCUAAAAUCAUUCAAGAGAUCAAAGAUAACUAUUUAGCACAAGAGAUGAAUUCUAUUACAAAUUUAAGUAUGGAAGACAUUGAUAAGCUAGUUUAUCUUCAUGGAGCUAUAUGUGAAGCCUUAAGGCUUUAUCCACCUGUUGCAUUUGAGCACAAGUGUGCAGUCAAAUCUGAUGUACUACCUAGUGGAGACCAUGUUAGAGCAAAUACAAAGUUAAUAUUUUCUUUGUAUGCAAUGGGAAGGAUGGAAGAAAUAUGGGGAGAGGAUUGCUUGGAGUUUAAGCCAGAGAGAUGGAUAUCAGAUAAUGGACAGAUUAUACAUGUACCAUCUUACAAGUUCAUAGCAUUCAAUGCAGGUCCAAGAAGUUGUAUUGGAAAAGGUAUUAGCUUUGUUCAAAUGAAGAUGGUAGCUGUUUCUAUGUUAUGGAAGUUUCACAUACAGGUGGUGGAAGGUCAUUCUUUAACUCCAAGGAUUUCUGUUCUUCUUCGUAUGGAACAUGGCCUUAAGGUGAAUAUCAGUAAAAGAUGCAUUUGAUAUAAGCAUCAUAAUUCAUUAUGUGAAGUUAUGAUUAUAGUGUGACGCAUGUUGUGUUAUUUCCUUAAUAUGUCCAAGCUAAAUAAUGGUAUGGAUAUAAGUCCGUACUACUUUCCAGAUGUGUGUUUAAUUAUUACAUGAAGUCAUAUUUUAAUGUUUUGAAUUGUGAAUUUGUAAUUGAAGGAGAGUGGCUAUCCAAAACGCUCUUUAUUUUCUUGUUUA